AUGACACUUAAUACACGAAAACACCACCCCAUCAUUAAAAUUAUUAACUCCUCCUUUAUUGACCUCCCAACCCCAUCUAAUAUCUCUGCUUGAUGAAAUUUUGGAUCACUGUUAGGCCUCUGUUUAAUUAUUCAAGUUAUUACAGGCCUAUUCCUAGCCAUGCAUUAUACCCCAGAUAUCUCUUCUGCAUUUUCAUCUGUUGCUCACAUCCACCGAGACGUCCAGUACGGAUGACUUAUCCGCAAUCUUCAUGCCAAUGGUGCUUCCAUAUUUUUUAUCUGCAUUUAUCUACACAUUGGACGAGGCCUAUAUUAUGGUUCUUACAUUUAUAUUGAAACCUGAAACAUCGGAGUCCUCCUUCUACUUCUAGUUAUAGCCACAGCUUUUAUAGGAUAUGUAUUACCUUGAGGACAAAUAUCAUUCUGAGGGGCCACUGUUAUUACUAAUCUCCUCUCCGCAGUCCCCUAUAUUGGAACCUCCCUCGUCGAAUGAAUUUGAGGCGGAUUUGCAGUAGACAAUGCAACCCUAACUCGAUUUUUUACUUUCCAUUUCCUUCUACCUUUCCUUAUUAUAGGCACCUCCAUAGUUCACCUACUUUUUCUUCAUGAAACAGGAUCAAAUAACCCAACAGGGUUAAACUCUAACACAGACAAAAUCCCAUUCCACCCAUACUUCUCCUACAAAGAUCUAUUAGGUGCCAUACUAAUUAUUACCAUUCUACUAUUUCUUGCUCUUUUUGUACCUAAUCUUUUAGGUGACCCUGAAAACUUUUCCCCCGCAAACCCACUGGUUACCCCACCACAUAUUAAACCAGAGUGGUACUUCCUCUUUGCCUACGCAAUUCUCCGCUCAAUUCCUAACAAACUAGGCGGCGUCUUAGCCUUACUCUUUUCUAUUCUUAUCCUUUUAAUCGCACCAAUAAUUCACCUCUCAAAACAACGUACCUUAGCAUAUCGCCCACUAUCCCAACUACUAUUUUGAUUUUUAGUUGCCGACAUUAUUAUCUUAACAUGAAUUGGAGGUCAACCAGUAGAACACCCAUUCAUUAUUAUUGGCCAACUAGCUUCUAUCCUAUACUUUACUAUUUUUCUUAUCUUAAUACCAAUAUCAGCCCUAGCAGAAAACAAACUUCUUAAAUGAUAA